GCCACAGCAUGCCCAGUGCUGGGCUCUGCAGCUGCUGGGGUGGCUGGGUGCUGCCCCUGCUGCUGGUCUAUGUCUGCUACCUGCUGCUUGGUGCCACCAUCUUUCAGCUGCUAGAGAGGCAGGCGGAGGCUCAGUCCAGGUACCACUUUCAGUUGGAGAAGCUGCGCUUCCUGGAGAACUACACCUGCCUGGACCAGUGGGCCCUGGAGCAGUUUGUGCAGGUCAUCAUGGAAGCCUGGGUGAAAGGUGUGAACCCCAAAGGCAACUCCACCAACCCCAGCAACUGGGACUUUGGCAGCAGUUUCUUCUUCGCAGGCACAGUCGUCACCACCAUAGGAUAUGGGAACCUGGCACCCAGCACAGAGGCAGGUCAGGUCUUCUGUGUCUUCUAUGCCCUAUUGGGCAUCCCGCUAAACGUGAUCUUCCUCAACCACCUGGGCACGGGGCUGCGUGCCCACCUGGCCACCAUUGAGAGAUGGGAGGACCAGCCCAGGCGCUCCCAGGUACUGCAAGUCCUGGGCCUGGCUCUGUUCCUGUCCCUGGGGACGCUGGUCAUUCUCGUCUUCCCACCUAUGGUCUUCAGCCAUGUGGAGGGCUGGAGCUUCAGCGAGGGCUUCUACUUUGCUUUCAUCACUCUCAGCACCAUUGGCUUCGGGGACUAUGUUGUUGGCCACCCCCUUAACUUCAUCACUGCCCUGGGCUCUCUGCCUUCUCAAGAGCCUUUCCAAACACCCGCUGGGAAGCCAGAGAGCCAGCAGAUCCCAAGAUCCUUCCAGAAAGUGAGGUCCAUGAACAUCUGGCCUCUCUCAGGAAUGUAUUAUCCAGGUCUGGCUUUUCCCCUGCCAGAUUGCAACAUCCCUGACCAGAAGGAGAGAUUUAGACCACUCCAUCCUGAGGCCUGGAAACUUUGACCUUUGCCUCUCCCACCAUCCAACAGCAAGUGGGCACCUACGUGGCUGGGUUCCUCUGCAUAGGUCUGAGGCAAGGCUGUGGAGCCAAGGAGGCUCCAGGUAGGAGACCAAGGGGAGGCUCUACAGCAGCAAGAGGAGUCCAAGUCACACCCCAGGACUUCCCCAUAUCCAAGAGAGGACUGGGAAGCUGAGGACUCAUGGACUCUUCACACAGCGUUGACACUUCCUCCACUCCGGGUAGAGGGAUUUCGGGGGCCUUCUCAGAAGCAAGGAGUGGACAAGCCUCUUGGUUAAGGCUCCUCUUACCUCCCAAGUUCAUGGACAAGUGGCAAUCAGCUGGGGUCCCUCUUUUGGGGUACAAAGGAAAGGACAGAGGUGUGGGAGACCCAAGGUGGUCUUGAGAUUGACAGCAAGUCCUUGGAGAUAGCCCCCGAGUCCAAGAACUUAGGCAGGGUCCCCAAGACAAUAAAGUUGGUCUCUUCUAUCUCCU